GCUGGUGAAGACAGCCAUUGGGAGGCUAGGCUGUGGAGUCACAUCACGGAUGAUGCAACCAAGCCAGUGGCUAAAGACGGAGAAGGAGCUGAAGGUGUGGGAGAUUCAGUUGCUGCUGCCGAAGAAGAAGUGGAUUCAAGAAGACUUGAUGUGCUUUCAGUGUACAAGGGCUGCUUACGUGGAGAGGAAAGGAAGUUCAGUGGAAACUGUGACCAUUGCAAGAAGCCGGGACACAAGAGGAGUCAGUGCUGGAUCCUACACCCCCAUUUGAAGCCGGCCAAGUUCAACAAGGAGAGAGAGGGAAGAGCUCACCUUUCUGCAGAGACAAGUGAAGCUGGCGCAUCAGGAGCUGGCUCAUCCGGUCUUGCGGGUGAAAGUGAAGGAAGAGCCUUAACCUCUCACCACCAAGGAGCUGUGAAGAACAUGGAUCAUGAGGUGAUCAAGAAGUCAGACAUUGAUGCCUUGAUCAAAGCCCUUAAAGAGUCUGGUAAAGCCCUUGGUUAUUCCUAUACUGCUCAUGUGUUGCCUAGAACUUGUGAUAGUUUGCUAGGAAACUUUGAUAGAAUAGGAAAUGAACCAGAUAGAUAUACAACCUUUGCUGCUGAUAGGAUGUCUAGAAAUGAAUCCACAUUGCUGAUCUCAUUGAUAAACUGA